ACCAACUUCCACUUGCCGAGAAUUGGUUUGGGGUGUCACUUAACAUGACAGACCCCGUGAACGGGUAAACGGAGUGGAAGUGGUUGAAGCUAAGAUGUAGGAGUGGUUUGAGAAAAGGCGAAUUAUCGCCUCUCUUUGCCCCCCCCGAAACUUCCGGCGUCCACCGGAUGUUGCAAAGGAAUAUCCGUUCGCCUAUUAACAACAAAAUCAGAGCUAGCUCAAUAUGCUACUGGGCGCUAAUGAGGACGUUCGUGGGAAAAACAGCCGUCUGCAUUUCAUGAUAUAUUCUGUCGACACCAAGUGAAGCCGGACCUGGGUGUUCUUGCCAAAUCGUGGACCAUGAUGGAGCAAAGAAGAGCCUUAACUAUUCCAUUUAGUGUCGACGAGGAUAAGUUGAUGGAAAACCCUCUGGAAAUCCCCACAGUCUGUAUUACAUCAGAGUGUGGGAAGUUAGACAGACAGGUUUCCUGGAAAACAUUUGCAGGUUGCAAGCUCAGACAUUGUGAUUCACAACAUAAAAACAGGUCCGUGCUCUUUGAUCACAACCACGAAACUUUGAUCACUCUGGAAAUGGCCAGGAGGAAGCCCUGCGUGGUCCUGACAGAUGUACUCAAGACGGAGCAGGGCAAGACUCACAUGGAAAGGAUAAAACUGAGCCAUUCCCUUGGAAAUGGGGGACAAAUGUCAAGUACACGGAUUGAGAGAAGUUGGUGCAGAGAGGAGCCUCCGAUCUGCAGAGAACAGAGAUCCAGUCAGAGAGAGGCCAAAAGGGAUAAAAGUACAACUCCUAGACACAUCCAGAAUUCCACCUCCUCGUCCUCUCAAAGAUCAAGUUUCAGGAAAAGAUUACAAGCUGUUGAUGACAAAGAAGAAAACCAUGACAUCGAGGAAGUGAUAAUAGGAAAGAGCAAUGGAACAGGCUACAAAUUUGCCGAAGUUGUGGAUUGUGGGUUAUCAGUGAGCUGGGAGCCUGUCGAGAACACGGGAGGUUGUGAUGAGUUCUCUGCAGCAAGCAUCAAGGACAGGUGGACCGAUCCAGAAAGGAAAGAAGGACAACACAGUGUGAACAGGAAAAGGAAGGAUGCAGGGUCCCAGUACAACGGAACAACUAGUCCCAAACGUCACCGCGAGAGUGUGCUUCGUCUCACGGGAGAAGACGGAAGAGACGGGGGACUGGCCCCUGCACGUGCUUGUCUGGAAGAAGAUGGAGAUUUGGAGAGCCUGGACCGGAGCAUCGUACAGUUCACCGUGGGAGGAGAUGAUGGAACAGAUGUUCUGGUCCCGAUCAUCAAUCCUAAUUUGGAGGCUGAAGACGUUACCGGCACCCGCAGGAGAAGUCUAUCGUCUAGCCAGGACAGCUCAGCCAAGACUAGCGGCACUCCUGAACCGAUUGUGCUGUCCAGUGAUGAUGAAGAGAGCGCCAACAUUGCCCGGCACCGCAGCCCAACAGUCCAUACACUGGUCACGGUGGAAGACGUAGGAAAACAGGGACAAUUGUCACAGGAGGCUGUGAUCGCACAAGAGGAUCCCGACAAACAGGACAUGCAGGUGCUGCGUGUAGUUGUAGAAGAGCCUCCUGGUUCGGUGGCUCUGUCUCCCUUCCCCAGCAUAGACCACUCUUGCAUGAGAUUGUCCUUCUCCACCCUACACUGUGGAGGUUUCCAGGGGAAGGCAAACGGAGACAUUAUGUUGGCAGACCAAGAAAUCAUCAUACCACUGACAGACACUACUGAACAGGCAGAGGUGAUGUUGACCUUCGAGCGCAAAGCGCUGUGGAGAUACAGCGUUUGGGAGGAGCGGGAAAUGGAGAUGCGGGAGCUUCACUUUCAGGGCGACGAGGAGCCGGCCCCUGCGGCUGUCCUCCUGUUUUGCGUAACAGAAGCAGCUGCGGCUGCUGUACAGCGCGACCUCUGCAAACUGUGCGUCGAACAAGGCGGAACCACUAACACUAACACUGGCAAGGCCAGCCCCUUCAUCCUGCUGAUGCUGAAAUAUCCCCUGGAGGGAAUGGAGGGGGCUUUGUUACGCUCCCUCCUGGAAAUUGACUGUCUGAACAGUUUGACGCAUGAACAGUCUAUUGCACCCGUCGGUGAAGACAGAUUUGGUUGUUGGGAAGACCUCGACUCUCCUGUUCUUUCUCUGGAUGAAAGCAUAGAGCUGAUCAGGAGAACUGGACUCGACUCGCACCUGUUGUUUCUGCUGGGCCUGGAGAGCACGAACUCGACUGGAAUGAACUCGGGGCAGGACGGUUCACACUCUGACAGAGACGAGGGAAACAACUCGCCAGGACGCAACUGUCUGGACGUCGGGCUGCACAAAAAGACUGUCUCGGAGCUGGAGGUGGCAAAAGAGCUUGAGGUGGCUCCAGAGCAAGAGAAGGCACUGGAGCAAGAAACGGGGAAGCAAGUCAAAGCAGAGGAGGAUCAGAAAGAACAGGAGCUAGAACAUCCUUCUGAGAUGAAAAAGGAGGAACCCACCCCUGCAUACACUCUGUGCCAUCGUAGAACCAAAGGGUCGUACUCCGUGUCCCUGUUUAAACCGGACUCCAGCUGGACUAAAUAUAAACAUCAGGGUCUGGCCUGCAGGUUGAUCCAGUUUCCUCCUCCUCCUUUAAAAGGAGGAAUAACUGUUACAAUGGAGGACCUGCAGUGCCUUGACAGUGGGCAGUUCCUCAAUGAUGUUAUCAUCGACUUUUACCUCAAAUUUCUCCUCCACAAUGCGUCUGCUGCUGUGGCCGAGCGCUCGCACAUCUUCAGCAGCUUCUUUUACAAGCAGCUGACGCGGCGGGACAACGCCAGCGAAGGCGUCUCCAGUGACUCCUGUCAGAGGCAGCGGCGACACCAACGCGUCAAGACGUGGACACGCCAUGUGGAUAUCUUCAAAAAGGAUUUUUUAUUUGUGCCUGUGAAUCAAGAGGCUCAUUGGUAUCUAGUUGUCAUUUGCUUUCCUGGACUGCAUGAGCCAAAAUGUGAGGCCCGGCCCGGCCCUGACUCACAGACGGCGACGAGCCACGAGGGCUCAGACGAAUCACAGGAUCAGGAUGAGGCUCAAACACCUAAAAGUCCAAAUCAUAACAUGGAGACACCGCCUACGCUUAACCCCAGUGACACAGUGGCCACAGAGACAGAAAAGGCUAAAGAUGAAUCCACCAAAGUGGCACCACCUGGUCCAGUGAACUGCACAGAGAAAACUUUCCAGAAAAAGGUUGUUUGCAAGAGGCCGUGCAUUCUCAUCAUGGAUUCCCUCAAAAUUUCUCUCCACGAGCGAGUCUUUAAACUUUUACGGGAGUACUUGCAGUCGGAAUGGGAGGUCCGCCGUGGCUCAUCACGGGAGUUCUGCACUGAUCAGAUGAAAAGUUCACACUGCCAAGUUCCCCUUCAGGACAACAGCAGUGACUGCGGCCUUUACCUGCUGCAAUACGUUGAGAGUUUUUUGAAGGACCCUGUGGUGCACUUUGACCUCCCCCUACAUCUACAACGAUGGUUUCCACGGCAGCAGGUGCGGAGGAAACGAGACGAAAUCCGAGAUCUGGUACUGAACCUUUACCGACGGCAGAAUCUGGAUAAUAACAGAUAAGACUCAGAAGCGGUUCUGCUGCCCAGUGCAACACAUUCCUGUAGCCAUAAUAAAUCACUGCUCAUACUGAGCGACGGACAUUUAAGCGUGAACUGAAGAUUUCCUUUAAAGUUAGAUUUAGUUGUUAUUUGCAUUAACUUGAACAAAAUCUGUAAACCUUUGACUAUCUGCGGCUCCUGUGACUGGAUAUGAAGACAUCAGUUAUUUCAAAAUACUUUUAAAGUUGAUUAUGUUUGUACACCCCCAUGACCGUUUUACUGAUUGUUAUUAUGCUGCAAGAUAUUUUACAAAAGGCAUUAUUUGUAUUUAAUUUUAAAAAAAAGUGUUACACAAAAAGUGUAACAUUUGUUAAACCAGGGUUGUACGCCAAAAAAGUUCUGUUUGAGUUUACUUGCUUUGCAGACAUUUUUUCCAAUCCUGCCUUCUUUCGCAUAGAUGCACCUUUACUGGAUAAGAUUUACAUGAGAAGAUGAAUCCCAAAACACAGUUACCCCACUGAAGCCUCAGGAAAUGGAAUCUGUCCCUUCAAAUGCAUCACAUCAUUUACCUCAUGUUGGAUACAUGGAACAAGACAGUAACUCUUUUUUCUCACCCAGUGCCUCGCUUAAACCGCUUUCAGACAUGCACCGAAGUCCAGACCUUGCCCUGAACUUUUCAGGAGAGGGGCUAUAUGUGAGAACGCAAAUGUCCGCAAAUGUUUCGCGCCAGACAUUUUCCAGAACUUCCUCCUGCCAGUACCCAUGUAAAAAUUUCCUGAAAACGUCCGAUAUGGAACAUUUGAGAAUACAGCAGGAAGAUCUCCAGAAAAUUCACAGCUACCGAGCGGAGGUGUCGAUGACUGUGAACAAGUUUUCUACAGCGGAAUUAUCGUCAUGUCCUGCCUACUGCAUGCUGCACCCAGACGCCACAGAAUGUUCCGAAAAUGUUCCGGCUGUUUUGAACACUUCUAACUGGGACAAUCUCCUGCUGUGUUCAUCAUAUGAGAACUCCGGAAAAUCCCCGAACUAAGAAGAUUCACUCAUCUUGUCUAUUGUGUAUCUGUGACAUAGUGUGUCCCACUCUGUAUUGCAAUCUAUCACAUACCCUAAUAUCAUGUAGAUACAGAUGGUAGUAACGGGCAGAACUACCCCAAAACCAGGAUGUCACACUGUUAAAGCAUCUGACUACAUAUAUUGUGAGGCUAAAAUCAAUGAAUCCACAAAUUAUUAUUAUUAAGCCUGGUUGGUUUACAAAAUUCCAGAAAGCAGUGAAUAAUGUCUAUCACGCUUCACUGAAGCCCAGGGUGAUGUCAUCAUAUUGCCUGUUUUCAUCCACCAGGCCUGAAUCCAAAAAUUAUGCAGUUGCUGACACAAACAGAAGAAAAGAAGGUAAUUCUCACAAAUGAGAAACUGGAACUUUUGCCAGAUGUCUUCAUUGAUUCAUGACUUUAACUGUGAAUCACUGAUAAAAACAGUUGCCCUUUUAUUUUGUACUCUAUCCUCUAAUUGAUUAAUUGACAAAUAUUGAAUACUCUAAAACAGUAUCUGGAAAGAGUGGACCCUUGGGAAGUUGGUGGCUGCUGCUAAGUAAACCAGUUGACUGAUAGCUGCAGUAGAUGUAGCAAAAAUGUGGGUUGGGAAGUGGUAUCCUAUCGUGCUGUCCACCUUAAAGAAUUGUGUGUGUUAUGUUCAUGCAAAGUACCUUAUUUUAGUGCCGUCAAAUCUGACUACUUACAUAUGGUUUAUAAGUGAUCUGAAUCCUUAAUGAAUUCCUUUAAUAAAAUCGCAAUUUGAACAUACAGUUGAGGGGUACACAUACUGUAUGUUGGCAUGUAACGGUAUCCCAUGACAGGUAAAACCUACCUCCCGAAGAUUUGUAAUAACCAAGUGAUGUUGUAAUCCAACGUCGCUGUUUGUCUAAAGUGUCUACAGAGAAGUCUGGUUAGUCUUGCAGUUUUUCUUUUAAGGAAUUUCUCUAUUCCAUGUUUGUUUUAGAUCUUAUGGAUGAAUGUUCAGGAGCUGAUGCCAAAAUAGCUUUGGUUUCAAUGCUGUAUUAAAACUACUAGAUCAAAA